AUGAGGUUUCUACGAUUCUUACAUUCUACCAGUACAUUUUAUGAAAUCCUCGAGUUACCAAGGUCCUGUACUAUCGAUGAUGUCAAGAAGCAGUUCAAGGUUUUGAGUAAGAAAUAUCAUCCUGAUCUAAAUAAUCAUUUACCUGAAGAUGAGAAACAAGACAAUGCUGAUAAGUUCAUCAGAAUAGUUAAUGCAUAUGAGAUUUUGAAAGAUAAAAAGAAAAGACAAGAGUAUGAUAUGACUUUAAAUCCUGGUCUCGGGUCAUCCCCAUAUUCAAGAGGUCCGGAAACCUUCAAUUACUCGUAUAAUAAUAGUCAAAAGGAAUAUUAUGGAGAAGCAAGGUACCAAAAUUCUUCACGAUUAAAUCGAACUAGACAUAAAGUCAGAAAUUUUAAUGAAUUCGGGGAUAAUGACACAACAUUCUCUGGUAGACAUGUUAAUUAUGGUGAUAGAAAUAAUGUCCCCCAUUUCAAUUAUGAAGAACAUUUAUCUAAACAUUUAAAAUUUGAGCAACGGAUCAUCAACCGUCAAUUUUCGAAAGAAGAAAGAGAAGCAAUUCUUAAACAAUUAACCAAAACUUAUGACAUUUCCGAAUUGAGUGAAGAAUUAGUAACUAAACAUUUGAAACGUCAAAUUAAUAGGAAAAGUAAACCAAUCAUUCAGGAAUCCAUUAGUGUGCAUAAAUCCGAUCCUUUCAUUUAUCGAAGACCUGAAUAUACACAAGAAGAAGAAAUGUCGGGAUUACGAGUUAUCGCUAUAUUGGGAGGUGCCAGUGGAGGUUUAUUUAUGAUGUAUAAGGCAAUUUUCGGAUAA